GUUUUUGCUGUAUUUGAAAGAAAUUUAUUUUCCGUGUGAACGUGUGUGCUCACCAGAGUAAAAGUGUGAGAUACUGUAGGAUGUUCCUGACACACUGUGUGAUGGGAUUGACUGUGUUGACAGUCCUCAGCUUCUGCCUGCCUGUGUGGAGUGCUGUGAAGGUGAUCCAGCCCUACAGAGUGGUGAGCAUCAAUGGUACGGCACAGGUCCAGUGCUUCAUCGAACCCCAACCUUCCUUCCACCUGAAUCAACCAUCCAAUGAUCAAAGGCGUCAAUACCCUUACCCCAACCCAGAGGAGGUCCGUGUGUCUCUGCUGAAAGGCCUCCACGGCACCCAGAAGCUCUGCUCGUCCAUCCCCAACUUCCAAGAUCACGGACAGACGGGUGUGGAGAAAGAGGAAGAGGUGCAGUGCUCUGUUACGCUGAGGGAGGGCGCUGUGGAGGUGACAGUGUCUGGACUGAAAGCCACAGACACAGAUGUGUAUCGCUGUGGGAUAGAGGUCUUGUACCCACCACCGUACCUGCGGCUCACAGGCAACGGCACACUCAUUCAUGUGUUAGAUAACCCUCACUGUCCUCUGGAGGGGCCUCAGACAGCGAUUGCACACCAGGGGGGUGAAGAGGAGGACGAUGAGGGUGAUGAGAGGAUAGCACCAGUCAGUAUUCCUGUGGUUGUACUGGUGUUACUGGUCAUUAUUGUCCUCAUCAUCAUUAUCUACUUCCAGUCUGUCCAGUGUCAACAAGGGAGGAGGGAGAUCGUCAGAUCUGUGCAUGGUGGGCCUUACAAGGUGGAUGCUGUUGCAUUUUCAUGUGACGACAUGGCAUGAAAAACACAAGAGUCCACUUAGCACUGAAUGGCAUUAGAAUACCAUGUAUUUUGAAUGCAGAGUGAGCGGUAGGGUCAGUAUUGGCCAUUUAUGAAAUAUCAAUCUGUUAUGAUUGAGGUUCUUCUUUUUAACCAAAGCUACAGAAGAAUACUGAAAUGACAUUUGGGUGUCAGUGCAUAUUUUAUGUUUACGUUGUUGUAAACUCAAAUUAUAUUAAAAAAAAGCUGUAGCUUUGAUUAUGUUUCCACUGAGUUGAGUUGCUGAGGCGCCUAUAGGUGCUGCAGCUGGAAAGGCUUGAUGUUUGAUUAAAAACAGAAUUAUGUUUAUGUUGGCUAAAUGCUCCAGUUAAGAAAAUGCAAUGCUUUGCAUCUGUUGAAUAUGUUUGAAUUACUGUAUAUUUUGUUGCCAUUGCAAUGUACAGCAAAUAUUCAUGAUGGAUAUUUCAUUUAAGUAAAGUUUCUUAACUUUAAUUGUACUUUUGUAUAAUUUUUUUUUAAUUGCGGAUAAAUCGACAACAUCAGGGAUGGACCAUUAAGUUCCAAAACCUCAAUCCAGAAUCAGUUGUGUUUUCUUGUGUCUUCUUUUCAUAUUUCAACGUCACAAUAUGAAGAUAAACAGAGUGAUUUAAAUGUGAUUGUGGCAGCAAAAAAAAAAAAAAAAGAUUUAAGGGUUUAAUUGUAGAUCUGAAGUUGUGGAACAAGUAUAAGAACCACUUGAUGGACAGAGUUGGCAUUAUUAGUUAUAGGCAAGUAGUGAUGAAGUAUGAAUGUUAAACAAAAGUUUUCUAACAGUUAUGAUA